UUCAGCUUGAUUCGAUUCGGACCAUCCACCAAUCAAUCUGACGGAUCGAAGAUGCUUGAGGGUAUGGUUUGACUUUUUCGGGAUAGAUUAAGCGACCAAUCUUGGAUAACACGUUAACUCGGAGAAUUGUUAUAAAAGCUUCCAAGUACUAUGCAGCAUAUCCCUCCCACCAUUAACCAUAACUCGAAAAGGGACGGCACCGUUAUCGUCGACCCCGUCUAUUACACACAAAAGGUGCCAACUCACUUACUUCCAUACCCGUCCCGCACCCGAUGCCCCCGUUCUACGAAGUGGCUGUCGCCCGUUUUGGGCAAUCAUCCUCGAAAGCCAAAUGGGUAAUCGCUGUCGUAUUCACACCAUCUAACCAUUCAUUGGUUUAUCAAAUUGCUGGCUCGGCUGUGGACUACAGCCUCGAAGCACCGCAAUCAGUCACACUCAAAGAUGGGGAGAAUGGUUAUUUGGGGAGAGCACCUAUAGGACUGGUGGACUCCGAGAAUCUACAUCUACUUCACACCACACUCGCAUCUAUUCCAGUCGUUCGAGGAGAUGCCUCCUGGAGCAGCCACAAUUGGGUUAUGGAGGGUAUAGCUGCUCUGCGGAGAGUACAGGGAUAUCAUAUCGACCAGCAUGUGUCAAUGCAGUGGAUAUCAGAAAAGCUAGGAGGAAAGUAACUCGGGUCAUUGGUGACCGAGGGAGAACCCGCUUGCCGUC